AAAAAUUAUCUCCUUUAUCUUUUUCAUGGUGAGAAUUUUUCAAUAUGGUGGAUCCCAUACCUCACCAAUUUCCUUGUAGUUCCCGUCCACUUUUUUGAAACGUUUCUUUGAUCUUAUCAAAGUCCACCAUAUAUUUUCAUCUCCAUCUUCUCCACACAACCCCCUUCUUUAAUUUUCUUGAUUAUCAAACUUCUCUUAAUUAUUCUUUAAUGGAGUUGCAGGCUAACCCUACCAAGAAACGAAGAUACAAUCUUGAAGAUGAUCAACCACCAACUCUAAUGGAAAAUCUACCGCAAGAAAUCAUUCAAGAUAUACUUUCAAGAUUACCUAUUUCUUCUUUAGUUCGGUUCAAAUGUGUUUGUCAUUCUUGGCGUGCCCUAGCUCAAGAUCCGGACCUCAUAAAUAUGUAUUUUACUACCAAUAAUAUCAAGAACGAUCCUUGCUUAAUCCUCCACUGCGAUUUUCCGAUCAAAAACCAUCUUUAUUUUCUUGAUUUUGCAGCUGAUAAUCAAGAAAAACAUAAAGUGAAGCGAAUUCAUACUCCGUUUUCGCCGAUCAUGCCGGAGUUUGAUGUCGUAGGGUCGUGUAACGGUCUACUUUGCUUAGCUGACUCGUUGUAUAAUGAUUCUAUUUUUAUUUAUAAUCCUUUUCUUAUGAGCUAUAUUGAGCUGCCCAAGUCUUUGAAUUAUUCUGACCAAGAAAUCGUUUUCGGGUUCGGGUUUCAUCCCAAGACUCGGAAAUAUAAGGUGGUUAGGAUUGUUUACUAUCGGAACAGCUCGUUUCGAGCUCGACGGCUAAUCUAUCCGCAGUCCGAGGUUCAAAUCUUGACGGUCGGGGACUCGGAAUGGCGUAGUUUGGGCAAGAUAUCAUAUCAGCUCGUCCGUCGCCAUUCGGAGGCAUCGGUUAACGGAAGAAUUCACUGGGUCAGCCGCCCGCGAAGAUAUAACCCCGCCCGCCGGCUAGUUUCAUUCGACUUGGAAGACGAGCAAUUCCGGGAAGUUCCGAAGCCGGAUUGCGGCGGAUUAAGUAGAUGUAACUAUCAUCUUGUGGUGUUAAAAGGGUGUCUUUCGGCUGCCGUGUAUUGCAAUUAUGGUAGAUUGGAGAUUUGGGUUAUGAAAGAGUAUAAUGUGAAGGAGUCAUGGGUGAAGCAAUAUUGUAUUGGGAGUUAUAUGCCAAAGGGAUUGAAGCAAAAUAUUGAUAGACCCACAAAGAUUUGGAAAAUUAAUGGCGCAAUUGGAAGAGUUGUUAGGGUUUUGGGUGUUUUGAAGAAUGGUGAAAUUUUGUUGGAGUAUAAAAACAGAGUUAUUGUUAGUUAUGAUCCAAAUCUUGGAAAAUUCAAGGAUCUUGCAUUACAAAGCACACCAAAAUGGUUUCAAACUGUGGUUCAUGUAGGUAGCUUAAAUUGGAUUGAUAGUCCCAUUGAUUCAUACAAUUAGAAAGUAAUUUUUCUUAUUAUGCUAGUUAAUUUACUAAAUUAGUUCUUGAAAAUAAAGUUGUGUUAAUUUCUUGUGUUAUGUAGUA